AUGACAGAUCAAGAGGCAGCAUUUCUUAACAGCACCCGGGCUGGCCACAGUCAGUCACCAGAGGUUGUACAUGCAUCUAGAGCCGCUGCUCCAGCAUCGGCACAGCCAGUUAAGCCCCCGGCCUAUCCAGCAUGGGCCAACCAGGAUGCAGCUCAACCGUCUUUUACGCCUCCACAAGCUCAGACUAUGUAUAAUAUUGCUGCUAUCCCGCCCUCUAUCAAUAGCCUGUGUCAUCAGCAACUGCAGCAGCAACAUUAUGUUCUUCAGGUGUCAACUCCGCAAGAUACAUUUGGGCAGCCCCCAAUGGGUAAGGGAUACCCUCAAUCACAGGCGCAGCCUCAUGAGCAGGGUUUGGAUUAUGACUCGGACAUUUAA